UUGACAUUGACAGCUCUCGAAAUCCUAACCUACCGAACUAUUUUCUAAAAACGUAAAAGAUAUUUACAAAAAUAAAUAAUUAAAACAAACUAUUAAAUAUGAAGAAUGGACGAUAAUGGGAAGCACACGUCCUCGUAUCAACUGGACCAAGAAAUUUUGGAUGCGCGCGGUAUCAGCAUGUCGGUGUCGGAAGUGGCGGGUCUGUCCACCUGCAAGUACUCGGAGCGCGUGCAGGCGCUGCGGCUUAGCGACGAUGACCUCGCCUUCCUAAAGGGGCUGAGGCGACGGAUUAAAAAUAGACUAGCAUCCCAAAACAGUCGUCGCCGCAGCGUCGAACACUUACGUCGGUUGGCUCGCGAACUGCGCGCAGUCAGAGCUUGUAGGGACGAUGCGUUAGCCGAACGACGCACCCUUGUGUCGCAGCGCGAUGCCCUCAGAGACAGCUGUGUUAGUCUCAGGCGGUAUGUUGUGCAGAGACUACAGGAACGCUCAGAUACCACAGAAGUGCCAAUCCUAGAUUUAGAAAUAAAUAAAGAAUCUCAUUUAACUCUACCUGUCAAAAAAGUCACUGUCACAGAAACGAAAACGCCAUUACUGUCAGAAUGCUUCGAGAAAACCAUAGACACCAUAGACAACAACAUAUUCGAAUGUCGCAUAGACAAGUUGGUACAGCAAAGCGUGAACCAUAUAUUCAAAAAUGAGACGGUCGAAAAGAAAAAGGUUUUUGCUAAAACUGUUUUUAUAUCGAAUGAUAAGUUGUCGUCGGAUAUUAAGUCUAUGGUUUUGAGUGAAGGGGAGGGGUUGAAGAUUUUAGAAGAAGAUGAUGGCGUUUUAAAUUUGUCUCUGAAGGAGGGUAGGCGGAAAAGUCAUGGGAGGAAGCAGUUGGCGCCGAGACGAAUUGCCUACGUUUAUACGGAUAAUAAUGAUGGCGUCCUCGAUCUAAAAAUAAAGAAAGAGAAUCAGUGACACGAACCAAUUUACAAAUAAGUUAGGUUUUAUAUAUACAUAUAAAUAAAUAUAUACAUACACUAUACAGACCAAAAAUAUAGUUUAUAAUGGCGGGAACAUUAUUUUUAAGCAAAUCUCCUGUACUAUGUGCCUUUAUUUACUUUGUAUGCUGUUUUUUUGGGACAAUUUCCCACAACUGGAUAAAAUGUAUGAUUUGUAUAGUUAGAUUGAAAUAUACAUGUUUUGUGUGUCUGUUUCACCCUUAUCAGUAGGGAACUACUUUCUGCAAAUAGAGCCUUUAUAAAGUAUUAUUGGAACACAAUUUAUAUAUGUGCCAAAUAUUUCUGCCAUUUCUUUAACCUCUGACGCAAAAAAGUAAUCAUUAUAAACGCUAUUGGCCUUACUACAAAAACUUUAACCACUGUUUUACACUUGUCUAAAAAAAAUGUGGCUCCAAAAUGAACCUUAUGUCAACGUCAUAAUUUGUCAUUUUUUUAGACAAGUCUUAAACUGACGUUAAAAAGUUUUUGUGGUAAGACGGUAUGUGUUUCUGUUUAUCUAUGGCAACAUAGCUCUUAAAGAGUUGAAGUGAUUUGGAUGUAGCUUUAUAAAAUUUUUUGAUCAGAUUAUUAUAAUUUUUCCCCUGCUUUUUUUAGAUACUUAUAUUUUGUUUUUUUUUAGCAAAUAAAGGCACUAGUAUGUUAGGUAACAAGGUUAUGUAGGAUAAAAUAUAAACUUGUGUUAGAAAAUAUACAGAGCGAUGUUUUUGAAAUUCUACUCCACAGAAGUUAUUAAGACCAAGUUUUUUUAACCGACUUCCCUAAAAGGAGGUUCGCAAUUCGACUACUUUUUAUAAGAAUUGCAAAAAAAAAAAAAAAAACAUUUUUAUAAAAAUGGUCUCAAGCAAGUUGAAUUGGUGGGUCCCGGUUGUCAUUUGAAUAUCUUUGGCAGUCGUUACGGGUAGUCAGAAGCCAGUAAGUCUGAUAACUUGCCUCACCAAGGGGUAUCGGUUUGCCCGGGUAACUGAGUUGAGGAAGUCAGAUAGGCAGUCGCUCCUUGUGGCACACUGGUACUCAGCUGCACGCGGUUAGACUGGAAGCCAACCCCAACGUAGUUGGGAAAAGGCUCGGCAGUUGAUGAUGGUUUUAAGGAAGCCUUGUAUAUUUUCUAUUAAAUGUGUUUAAAGAUAUAAUGAUAUAAGAAAUAAGAAAAAAAAUACAUCACACAACAAUUGCAAACAUUAAAUAAAAAAAUAAUAUCGACUAAAUUCAAUCCUUUUAAAAUAUACAUACCUUAAAAAAAAGAAAGUUAUAAAAACACAAUGAUAUUUAAAUACGUUCGCACCAAAUAACUUUACAUUAUUUUGUGAAGUUAGCCAUUUCACUCGUUGCGCAUUUGUUCGUAGAUAUUAUCAAGAAGCUUUGCUUGUCCGAAGUUAGCUGAUAUUGACUUCACAGCAGUAAAAAUCUGAUCUCUCUCCGGUGGUGUUUGAUUGUCGUCGCAUCGCGCUAUGAGAGUGAAGGAAUAGUGAGUGCACCUGUGUCCAAGCAAAUGUGCCCAAACUAUAAUAUGUCCUGCGCAGCUGGCUGAUCUCCUUACAUGAGAACAGCCGCCGUAGCCGAUAAUUUGUUAUGAGAACAUAAGACAAAAAAUAUGAAUGAAAUGCAAAGUAAUUUGGUGCGAACUGUAUUUGUUACAUAUAUACAUGUAUAAUAUAAAUAUAUAUAGGUUAAAAAUAUGUCCAAAACGUUAUUCAAAAAAUUUUCGAAUAUUUUUUAUAAGCGAAAAAGUGUAAUAUUGGUACAAAAAUGUGUUAGGAACUCUAUGUAUAUUAUAUAAAUUAUUAAAAAUAUAUAAAUAAAGUUUUCUCUGAGAGAAA